UUUGUCUGUCAGUUGGUCUGCCCGUCUGUCGGUCUGACGCUCGCGUGACCGGCAAGUUUUACACACUUGGCACACGUAAUUGCUUAUAAAACGACGCCGUGCCGCCAAAGAGUGCCGAUAACAAACCCAAACCGUUUAUAACAAUUAUACGAGCCAAGCAGCCAUUUGGGACCAGACGACAGGGAGCUGGGGAUCAAGCCGGGCUGGGUUAACUGCGUGUGUAUUUGCGAGGCACUUGACCAAUUAAGCGACAGGCGUGAGUGUGAAAAAGGCUGUCGAGCUGGUGGGCAGGCGAUUUAGCACCCCAGCGCCCACACCCCAUGGUGGGAGUGAAGCAGACUGGCUAAAUGUAUAAGCCCGAUACACUAACACGGCGCGGCAGUCUGAGAUCCCUGCGCAGCGCACCGCUGCUCAGUACGGUGCUGGAGAGCACGCUCUCGCUGACCCGCAUCCAUCCGAUUGCUUCGCUGGAGCUGCCCGGCCUCGAUUAUGCAGUGCAAUCGCAGUCAGCCAUUGGCGGCUUCCAUCAUCGUGAAUUAGGCACCUCCCUACGCAGCGGCAUCGCAGCGAUCACCGCGGCCAGCGCCAGUGGCAUCUCUCAAUCCCAGAGCGCGCUGCUCGGACGUUACGGUCCAAACGCCUCAAUACGCAACAGCGAAAGAAAGAUUGUCCAGCCGAAACGCGUUCUAUCGCGCAAGCUAAAGCCACAUCUGGUCGCCGACACCGUUAAGCAGUAUAUAAGUCGGGCGCAACGACCAACAAAAAAGGGUUCUCAAGAGCAACAAAAUAACAUGGAGUUUUUACGUGGUGUCUAUGCGUUUAUGCAAGUGAGUAGAUCAUCGGUGUCUCAUGUCAAAAUCGAUUCACCUGUUUUUCGCCUGCACACAAACGCAACGGUUAUUUUACUGAUCACAUUCUCGAUUGCUGUGACAACGCGGCAGUACGUAGGAAACCCCAUAGACUGUGUACACACAAGAGACAUUCCCGAAGAUGUUCUCAACACAUAUUGUUGGAUACACUCAACGUAUACAGUUGUGGAUGCGUUCAUGAAAAAGCAAGGUUCCGAGGUGCCUUUUCCUGGAAUUCACAAUUCACAGGGGCGUGGCCCUCUUACAAUAAAGCACACAAAAUAUUAUCAAUGGGUAGCGUUUACACUAUUUUUUCAGGCAAUCUUAUUUUACACACCAAGAUGGCUGUGGAAGUCUUGGGAGGGUGGCAAAAUUCAUGCGCUCAUCAUGGACUUAGAUAUAGGCAUUUGUUCCGAAGCCGAGAAAAAACAAAAAAAGAAAUUACUUUUAGAUUAUUUAUGGGAAAAUUUAAGAUAUCACAAUUGGUGGGCGUACAGAUACUACGUGUGUGAACUGCUCGCCCUAAUAAAUGUGAUAGGUCAAAUGUUUCUUAUGAAUCGAUUUUUCGAUGGCGAAUUUAUGACAUUUGGCUUGGAUGUGAUAGAUUAUAUGGAGACCGAUCAGGAAGAUCGCAUGGAUCCGAUGAUUUACAUAUUUCCCAGAAUGACCAAAUGUACAUUUUUUAAAUAUGGUUCAAGUGGGGAGGUGGAAAAACACGACGCCAUUUGCAUUUUACCAUUAAACGUUGUUAAUGAGAAAAUUUACAUUUUCCUUUGGUUUUGGUUUAUAUUAUUAACGUUACUUACAUUAUUAACGCUAAUAUACAGGGUGGUUAUUAUAUUCUCGCCUCGGAUGAGGGUCUAUUUAUUUCGAAUGCGAUUUAGGUUAGUGCGUCGUGACGCUAUUGAAAUAAUCGUUCGUCGUUCCAAGAUGGGCGAUUGGUUUUUGUUGUAUUUAUUAGGUGAAAAUAUAGAUACAGUUAUAUUUCGUGAUGUUGUACAGGAUUUAGCGAAUCGUUUAGGACAUAACCAACACCACAGGGUGCCUGGAUUAAAAGGUGAAAUACAGGAUGCAUGAUAUUGGGAGUAUUAGAAACAAUACAAAAUGCAAUAUGUCGUCUCUAUAUAAAAACAACAACAUCAACAUUCAACUACUUAGUAC